GAUUCCAGAACAGACAGAGCCGUGGAUUAGGAAUCCUCUCCUCUCCCACCACCACUCUCCUCCCCUUCCCUUCCCUUCCCUUCCCCCUCCCUUGGCUGCAUCUCGAGCUCGUGGCUGGCCGCUCCGCUCCUCGCCCCCACCUCCCCUUCGUGAUCUCCACUCCGCCGGAGCUUUAUCUCUCUCUCUCUCUCUCUCUCUUCUCCGCCGCGCUGCAAGGGAGAACUGAGGAUUCUCUCCCGGGGCGUCAAACCAGGGCAGGGGGGGAAGGGUGAGGAGGGGAUUAGGGCAGCGGGUUUGGAGGAAGCGCCGGCGACAUGUCAGGAGCGGACACCGACAAGGUCCGUGAACUUAUAAAUUGCUGCCUCGAGCUAUACAUGGACAAGAAAGAAGUUAUUGAUGCUCUCUCCCGUGAGGCAAGGAUAGAACCUAGUGUUACACAACAUGUUUGGCAAAAACUUGAGGAUAAUAAUCGUGAGUUUUUCAAAGCAUACUAUUUGAGGCUGAUGCUUAAGAAUCAAAUAACAGCCUUCAACAAGCUUCUGGAGGACCAGUUAAGGAUUAUAAAUAAAGAAUACCAUCCAGCACCUCCUUCUAUGCCUCCUCCCAAUGGCUCCAACGCAAACCUAUUGAAGAAAAAUCCAUGCUUUUUAACAGAGUCUACUCCGAUGCCUGCAAUGCCAGAUGAUGUAAUGUGCAAUGGAAGUUCCAGUGGCAUCGUAGAUUGCACACAAUCCAGUGAUCAAUUAAUUUAUGCUGGUAAAGACAUUCAGGGCCUUCAUAGUGGCAUGGAUGCUUCCAGUUUGCUUCCAGUGCAGAAUGCUAAUUCUGUGCUGUAUGGUGCGGAAAACGGGACGACAAUUAAGACGGAAUCAGGCUAUUCGAGCAAUCGUAAUUUUGGUUUCUGCGGGAAUGCUUUCCUGGAAUCAUGUCAGUCAAUAGGUGAUGCAUCUGGUGGAUCCUUUAGCAGUUCAGAGUUGAACGGGCAACCUCUGGAUGAUUCAAUUUUGGAUAUUGAAUCAUCAUCGUUUGGCUUCUUGAGUCAGCUUCCCCGAAAUUACAUAUUUUCAGACCUACCAGAGGAUUUCAGCCAAAGUGCUGAAAUAUUAGACAACUAUGGCAAGGCACCAUUCCUCCCCUCUGAACAAAAUAACUUUUCAGACUCUACAGGUGGAGAACAUACAGGUUGAGCUUGCCAUCGGGCAUCGGCAAUCUGUACAGGACAUAUUUGGGAAGGGAAACUUAUUAGCCUUUUCUUUGCUAAUUCCAGUAUUCUAAUGUGACAGUUUGGAUGAGUUGUCUCUCCAGAGCAUGUAAGGGGAUCUGCCUUCCCAUAUGCUUGCUGAUGGUAUUGUAGGUGUGCCUUGUAGGUUGAUGUGGUUUUGUAAGACAAUCAUUAGAAGCGGUUCUGCUGAAUCCACAGUCCAUGAGUUCAUGUACUUCUCCGGCCUGCUUAAUCCCAACUUCCCAAGUCAAUGCUGAAAAGGGUUAGCGUGUCUCACUUGCAAGUGAUUGUGUUAACGCUGCCAUGAUUUGCUCUUUGAAUUUUCAUACUACUACCUAAAUGUCCAUGCAUUGGAACGGGUCAUGUACAUGUGCUAGUUUUGCGAGUAAAGAUGGAAAUGGAUCACACUCGAGAAGUUGUUCAAGA